ACACUUGAACCUAUAACGAGAGUAUCCGAUGUAAUUUGCUUUCACGUUUAAGUUUCGCCGACGAAGAGCCGCGCGGUUGGUCUUCUUUCUGAAAUGUUGUACCGAACAGGCACAAAAAGCUUAAAUUAUGUCGAGGCUAAUGAAUAUAAUGUUAAAUUCAAGGAAAGACGCUAAUAAGCGUUGUUAUAUCAUUGGCAGCUCGCCUCAUUUAUUAUACAGACGAGUCUUAAGGUCAGGAAAAUAUUACCGAAUAGCGUAGGCAUUGAAAACACUGUUCCAAAGGAACAAGAGUCUACUUUUUAUCUCACGAACGAAUCUCGCGGUGAAUGUCUUGCCCAAAUUACGAGUAUGGUACCUAAAAUUUCCGCGUCGCUUUUUGUAUACGGAUUUUUAACAAGCCGUUGGUCCGAACUUUGAUCCGGUUACGAGUUGAACCAAACCACUUGCGACAAUUAAAACUAUUUAAUUUUCUCUCUCUACUUCAGAGAACUCACCUCGUAUAAUCGUGAUAUUUAGUCUUACGUUUACGUUUUUCUUAAACGGAAUCAACUCGCUUCUACGGUGAGAUGAAAAUCCGAUUAUGUAAUCACGAUGAGUAAUUUGGGCCUCAAAGAAGGCAUUUUGGCUCUCAAUCACUAUAGGAGUUAAUCGAGUACCGGCCCUUGUGCUCGACUCUGGAUCUCGGCGUCUGGCCAUGAACGCUAUAUUUACUGUAACUACUAGCUUGUUAUGCCGUGGAACUCAAGGCUCAAACAGUACGCUCUGUUUGGCUCGUGCCUGUAUGUGGGUAAUACAUACCCACGUAUUUUUUACCUCACAUAUGCGUUACUGGACGUGUACGAUAGGCGAUAAUUAGAAACGCAUUGCGCGUUUUAUGCUUACAUCGCACAGUCAGGAUCAGGUAUCACACUGAGAGAAAUUUUUAUUUCCGGUUACCGCUCAGUCCUCAUCUAUUUUCAUUUUUUACCGCAACCGAAAAAUAUAGCUCUAGGUACAAAAUGAAAAUUAAUUUUGUACCUGUUUAACUAAAAAAUUAGAGUAAACCUCAGGAGCGAAAUUUACCUGUGCAGCACCUGCCUUAAUUUUCUGUCGCGCGAACAAUGGAUUCGUAUCAGUAUUCAGAGAUUAGACAAAUCUGAAUUAUCUGUAAUUUUUCAUCACCGAAGAUAUAUAAGCGAUGGUAUCAACGAAUGCGAAAAUAUUUGAGCAUGAAACAGCGACUCGAGUUACAUCGUCGUGAUUUUCGGCUAGUUUAUAUGCGUGUUUCGCUGGUUUGGAGUGAUUUGGUCAACGUAGCUUUUUCUGGCAAGAGAGCGAACUAAUUCAGUCGGAAUUAAAACCACGGCACGAUAUCCACGAUGGCGUUGGGAAAAAGCUCGCAGACUCUGAUAGUCUUCUGCAUAAUAUUCGCGGCGAAAACCAGCGACGCUAAUUUGUGGGACGAGUGCUGGUCCAACUGGAUGUGCAACAGCUGGCAGCUGGAAUGCGUGAAUUUUCAGUGCGCUUGUAUAAGUCCCUACGUGCCUUCGAUGGACAAUGCAAAAUGCGUAGUCGGAAUUGACGGAGUCUGCGAAAGAUAUCAAGACGAGUGUUACGAUCCUAACGCCCAUUGUAACCAGACGAAUAGCUGGAUCGGUACCGGAAGUUGGUGCGCGUGCAAGGAAGGCUUCACUCAGGAUCCGGAAACUCGGUUGUGCGCGAAAAACAUUGGCGAAGAAUGCGAGGCUGACGGUACUUCCUGCAUCGAAGGAAGCUGCGUCGACGGAACCUGCCAAUGUCCAGCGGGUCUUUCGCCGAGCCAAUUUGGUGACAGUUGUGGAGUCGCUGUCGGCGGUACUUGCACCGAUGAUCAUCCGACCUGUGCCGAUCCUUACGCGGAAUGCCAAGGCUCUGGUAGUCUCUGCGAGUGCAAAGAAGGACAUCAGGCGGUGGUGAGGGAAGAGGAUGGAAUGACCGUAUGCAGAACAGCGCUGGGCGGCGCCUGCCAAAACGCGGCUGAAUGCGCGGCUUUUAACACGUCCUGCGAGCUUUUGCGACAAGGGAUUUCAGCUUGCACUUGCAUCGUGAGCUACGUGCCUUCCGAAGAUCGGUCCGCUUGUUUACCAGUCGUAAAUCACUGGGCGAGUGCGUGUCAGGAAGAUUUGCAAUGUACAGCGAUGUUUGGAAGAUACAGCACCUGCUCCAACAACAUCUGCGACUGUCAAAUCGGAUACAUUUAUUCCGCUGCAGAUUUUGGAUGCGUUGCCAUACACGGAGUUGCGCCCAGAUCUAAUUCGGAAUCGGUUAAACUACUCGCGACGACUCUGCUGCCUUACUUACCGACAGAAGCGAAGACAGCUGUGCACGAAAUUCUGGAUGAAUUGUGAAAAAUAUUAUACAGAUUUUGUUGAGUAAAUCGUUCCGAAUGCUGGGGUGAA